AGGUGGUUUUGUCCGCACGAAAGCAUCGCGUGUGACGGAGUUGACUGACAUUUGCAUACUCGAAUCUUGGGCUUGAUUUAAAAAAUGCGAUAAUUAUUUUACUAAAGAAGUCAUCGAUUAAGCGAUCGGGAUCCGCACCGCGUGUCGUACCGCUGAAACGUUUAAAAAAAAUCCGUUAAAGAAGCCGUUCGCGACACUUUUUUCAUAAUCACAGCGCCACUCCACGGUUAGCCCGCGAAAUCACCGUGCAAUUCCUGUAGCGCGAAACUAUACCUAUAUAUCGUAGUAAUCGUGUGUGUAUAUACACGCAAGGUGGACUCCAAAGUAUACUACGCUACUAUAUCGAGCUUAUGUGUGCUGUAUAGUGUAACAUUGCAAGAGGUGCGAGUGAGUAUUAUAGUCCAUGGCGAUCUCAAGGUGUGUCUCGUUGUUCGAUGCACAGCAGUAGUAGUAGCGAACUGCAACAGCGUCCGAUUGUUGUUAUAUAUCUCCUGUGAAGUGUGAUCCAUCCAUCGAAGCGACGCCAGUGUUUGCGUUGGGUGCAUCGCGAAAUUGACGUUUCAUCCUCGUUACGAUGGCAUCCUUGAAUUACGGGAAAAAAUCACCCAGUAUGGGUACACCAUCGGUGUAUUCACAUGUUACAUCGAGAAGUAGUGCAAAUUUGAGAUCAUCUAGAUCAGUCAAAAGUGUCAGAAUACCAUGGUACCAAAGAAGAUUACUGACUCAUGCAAUCAUCAUGGAUAUACAAAAAGGAGCCAUGUUUACAGCCAUCUAUUCAUUAGUAUUGUCUCUAUUCACAAUUUCUACUGCAAUAUUUGAUAUAUAUUGUUAUUCACAAACAACGCCAGGAGCUAUACAUUAUGGAUACUAUAUAAUAUCGUAUGAAUUUGUAUACAUUGGGAACAUGCAUGUUCGGAAUGCCUUGAUUAUGUUUGCAAUGUUUUCUAUGUUAAUCGCAAUGGCGGUGUUCGUAACAUCGAUUUACCUUAUAAGCGGAUUAAGAAAAGAACACGAGAAUAAAAUGAUUCCAUGGCUUUGGGUUUUUGGAAUUUUCACAAUUGUUAGAGUAGUAGCAUUCCUGUUCUUUAGCAUUGUCAAUGAUAUGAUUUUUUCCUACAACAUUAUCAUUUGUCUUCUUUGGAUUAUUUUCACAUUGAUGAAUUUAUACGGAUUUUUAAUUGUAUGGUCACUAUUCCUCGAAUUGAGUGAUUUAACUAAAUUAGAAGAUUUAGCCCAUCUUAGAAUUGGCACAAUGCAAUCUCUGAAUGCUUCAACGACACACUCUAUAGCGGGAUCGAGACCUACUACACCGCACAGUACAGUUUCAACGAUGCCCGUAAACUGAUUACCUAAAUCAGGAAUCUUCCAAAACUACAUCUUCAAUGUGUGUGUUCAAUUUCUCAAACAUAAUGGAGCAAGCACAAUUAUUGUACUCAAAUGAGCGAGUACAUUACGAAACGCCUUGUUUUAUAGUUUAGUACAAAAAGGAAUUAUCUACAUAGUAUUUAGACGUACUAAAUCAUGCAACACAUUAACGAUAAACUAGCAGCUUGCCUGAAAAGCUAAUCAUCUGCUUUUUAUCACCAGAAUCAGUUUUUCAUGUUGAGACUGAUUCAUUUUAUAUUUUACCACUAGUGCCUAUCGUUAUACACAUGUGUGCGUGCGAGAGUUACAAAAGUUUCCGUCCAAUGAAUAUUAACUAUUGAAUGACUGUGAAAUAGUAAUUUUAUUUACAUUAUGCUCUUGAAGCAAUGCUAUGAUAUUAUAUCAUCGACUUUUAAGAUACGUUUUAAAAAAUCGUACACGAUCGUUUUUACUUUAUAUAUUAAUAAUGUAUAUUUCUUAUACAUCUUGAGCUUAAGAUUCAAAAAAAUCAUUUUACGAAAAGUCUAAAGAUUCUUUCAAAAAAUUUUUUAGAAGUGCUUGGAACAGUAUGUUAGUAAUACUCUAGAUUAUCAAAAGUAUAAUAUUUUAUAACUUUUUAAAAUGGAUUCUUUUUUGUUUAAUCUACAUAUGAGAGUAUUGUAUUAUUAUAAUAUUGAAAAAAGAAUCUCAGAAUAGAAAAAUCGUAAUCCCAAAACAACAAGAUAUUAGUUUGUAGUAUGAUAUGUUCUUGUUGCUACUUUUUUUUUAGAAAAAUCAAAGUCCGUCCAUUGUAUAACAAAUCCGUCCUUGUGUAACAAAGUAAGACACGUUUUUAUCAAUAUGUGCAUUUGUAUUUAUGACUUUAUUUUUUAACUAUUUUUAUUCGAAAAAAACUAAUGCUAAACACAAAAAUGCAAGUGUAAAGCUUUUAACAAAGAAAUAAAAUUCUGUAUUGAA